AUGGGCGACCAAGGCACAGGUGGUAUCGAGGGCAGGAUGGAGAGAUCUGCGAGACGCUCGAUUUCAGAAGCGAACCCAAAUACGCAUGAAGACCAGAUGCAGAAACAGAGCAACCAACCAGAAACGCCCAGUCCGGAGCCCGAAAAGCAAACCGAGUUUCACCAAGUCAACUCACCCCGCCACUUAUUCACACCUCCGCCUCCCGCGAGCGCACUAUCAAGAAACCCGUCUACGAGCUCAAACACAUCCGAGGAGUGGUCAAGUAGGCCGCAAAGAAGCAGCGCCCAUCCGCGUAGAAAUGAAUUGCUAGUGGACAGCCGCGGCCGCAGGCCAUUAGAGCCUCCCGUCACAAAAACCACCCUGAGCGAGCUGGAUGUGAACAAAAUCAUCCACAACCCAAAGUUACGGCACGAUAUUAACUUCGACCCGGAACUGCACUUCAGACCCAACCUGGACGGAGAGAAGGGACGGAGGAAGCAGGACAAGGCCAACCAAUUCUGGACCACACUCAGCGAGCAGCUGCAGCAGUUUGUGACGGACCCGGUGACAUUUCAGAGCCAAUACAGCGGCAAGGAGUGGUGUCUGCCAAUAUUGCUGAGAUCAGUCAAGGAAAUCAUCCAAACGCUGGUGCCUGCUAGAGACCGUGCCUAUCUCGACGAGGGGCUGAAUGUUGAUCUGAUCAUGCAACAAUUCCACAAGGGAAUCGCCGAUUUAGAAAAACUCGCCUCGUGGCUGUCCAAUGUCCUCAAAUCUCACUGUGCGCCGAUGAGAGAUGAGUGGGUGGACGAAAUGUACAACCAAUUGACCAAUGGCAACCGAACAAAUGACAUGGAAGAGCUGGUGCAGGGGAUGCGGAGCUUGUUGAGCGUCCUCGAGGCGAUGAAGCUGGACGUGGCCAACCAUCAGAUCCGCUGUCUGCGACCCAUCUUGAUCGAAGACACAGUCCAUUUCGAAAAGCGUUUCUUCUGGAAGAAGAUUCAAACCGGGAAACUGGACCCCCAAUCCGCAGAACACUGGUAUGUUCUGGCCCGACACGAGAUCUCUCCGAGCCAUGCAUCCAGGAUCGCUUUUGGGGAGAUGGCUAUCUUCUUCGAGGCCCUGUCGAGACUCAUUUUGCCGUCAAACUCGGAUCAGUUUCCUCAGACAUUCCUCUUCGAUGAGGAGCGCUUGUUGAAGCUCCGCACCGACAUGCUCGACGCUGUCAACCUGGAAAUAUGUAUGCGGUUGUACGAAAGAUUCGAAAGGGAGUACCGAUUUCACGCAACACCUACUUUGAGUGCCAUCGGAACAUCUUUUUUGGCAAUGCCUUUUUCGGAUGCUUCCGGGUUCUUGACCUCGGGCUCGGAUGACGAAAUCUCGGAGUUCAACUUCAACGACCCACCACCUUCACGGCCCUCGAGUCUGAUUUUCUCGUCAGCAGGCUCAGCUCACUCAUCGCCGCGCUCCUCUAUGAUACUGCCUGCAAACCCACCGCCGAGAGUGGACACCAAGGCAAAGUCACGUGAACUCUACAACUCUCUGGUGGCACUGCUUCAAACGUCACCGCCUAGUUCUCGCUCGAGUCAGCGAUGGAAAGCGAUGAAGGAUUCGUUGGCUGUCCAGAUCUUCCGAUUUACAGAUGCGCCUGCCGAGGCGCUGCUUCGACUGGAAGAGCAGCUCGAUCAGCAUCUUUGCGAGCCCGAUUCCUACCUCUUCCAGGAAGUUGAACAGCACUACCACACCCGCCUGGUUACCGAGCUUCAACAACGUGCAAGGGAGCUGAAACCCCUGACGGGCGUCGGACUCUUCUCGGUCGCUACUGGCGGCCGGGUUCACACAUCAAGCCGUACAUCGGAUGGACCGAGGGACAGGGUCCCCGAGCGCGAUUCACACGAGAGCUGUAGCCGGGAAGUCCGGGAAGAUACCGGCAUGGAGGACAUGGCCACCAGGCUGACACACCUUGGUCUCCUCCACUGGAGAGUGUGGUCGCAGUUGGUCUACCAGGGAGAGCAAAUCGACACCGAGAUGACUUUGGACAACGCGCCUUGA